UUCGUGCUGUCUUCUCUGUAUUGUGCUAUCUGUUCUUCUAUUUGAUAAAGGUUUAUAAGCCUAAAAUUGAGCACACAAGCCUGCAAAUGUAUGUAAUUCCAAUAAACCAAGCCAAACAAAGUCUGACUGAUGUAGCAAUUAUUAUUGUUUUAGUGCAAACGUACAUCCAAAUAACUUUUUUUUAAAAAGCGUUUAGAUCCAUCUAUGAAGAGAUACGUAUAUUAGUUACUGUUUCAUUUGAGGCUCAUUUUAACAAUUGAACUGUGGAAUCUUUUAGAAGUGUUUUUAGAUAUGGAAAGUUCAGAACACAGUGAAUCGAGUAAGAAUCCGUCUAAAAUCACACCAAAUGAAUCUGACGUUACUUUUACUGCUCAAAGCUUAAAAAACUUGAGCUUAAAUACAAAUAGACAUUGUUUACAAUGCGCGAGGAAGUUCGAUGAUGACACUAGUUAUACUUCACAUUAUAAGACCGAUGAACAUGCCACCAUGGUUCUAGUCACUGGCAUUGAUUAUUUCGAAGCAGAUCCUCAAGGUCCAAGUCGAUUCCCACUCCUAUUCUACUGUGUAUUAUGCAAUGUUUACAGUCUUGAUUAUAAGUCUUAUGAGGGCCAUUUAAAAGGUAUGAUUCAUAAAGAAAUGGCGCAAUUCAUGAGAUGUAUUUCUUUUUGGAAAGAAAAAAUCCUAGUGGGAAUGAAGUGCAAAAACAAAGAGCCUUCUACCGCUCAGGAUUUCGAAGACUUAAAAAAACCCUCACAUAACUACUGCCAGUUGUGCGAUAAGCAAUGCAAUAGUGUCAAGACUCUUGAAAAUCACUCAAAAGGUCAAAUACAUAAGAAACUCGAGUUGAUGGUGAAGAGUUGUGAGUUUUGUAACCUUUCUUUCGUGAGUUUUAACUAUUACGAACGCCAUUUGAAAUCCGAUCUUCAUACGAGAAUAAAGGAUUUCAUGAUGAAAAUGUUGAUACCGCAAAAAGAGAUGACGGAAACAGCGAAAAAGAGUGAUGCUUCCCAGUACAAGGGAGCGAAUAAGUUGCCUCAACUCUACUUCUGUAAAUUGUGUUGGAUUGAAUUUAAUGACGUAGAAUCUUUUAGAAAUCAUAAAAAGAUCUCCAUUCACAGAAGGAUUCGUAGUUUGAUAAACAAAAUCUCAAUUAAGCAAGAUAAUGCCGCUAAGCACAAUGAAGAAACCGGUAAUCAAAUAGUUCCUCGUACACAUUAUUGUGAAGUGUGCAAUGUUUGGUGUUUAAGUUCCUAUCAAACGUAUGAUGAUCAUACAAAGACUGCUAGACACCAGUAUAUCCAGAGCAAUGAAGCUGUUAAAAAAUGGGACUGUUCGCCAGAGUACCAUCCACCAGGUUUUAAACCAUGGAGAUAAGACAGUUAGUCACCUGUAAUGUUCAUCAACUAAAUUCCACCUGAAUGAAACUGUUGCUAAAUCAACAUCUCGUAACUGUUAAAGAAUAGGUAUGGCGCAAUUAUUAAAAACUUUUAAAGAACUUUUUAAGAAUGUAUAUCACAAUCGUUAAAAAAUCUGUAUAUUUCAACUGUUGAAAAUCCAUCACAUCGUAAGUGUUAAAGAAUCCAUAUAUCGUAACUGUCAAGGAAUCAGUGUAUAGUAACUACUAAAGAAUGAAUAUAUCGUAAUGGUUAAAAAGUCAAUAUAUUUUAAUGGUUAAAGAUUCAUUAUAGGAUAACUGUUACAGAGAAUAAGUAUAUCAUAACUGUGAAAGAAUCAGUGUAUCUUGCUGUUAAAGAAUUAAUACUUCGGAAAUGAUUUGUUAAUCCUGAAAAUUUAUUAACUGAACAGCACCAUCGAAUUAAUUGUUGCGAAUUCUGCAAAUUCUGUUACUUUGAUUGAAACUCCAAGGUCUGAAGAUCACGGUUCCUUUUUUCUCCCAUUAUCAACUGGAUUCAGUAUUAUGUCAAAGUGUAAGACAAUUUACUUAACCCUCUUCUACCUCAGAUUUAGCAUUCUCUUAAGUAAAAUUCAGAAAUAUUUGAUCAAAUGAAUUAGUGGAUCAAAUGCAUUAUGAUUUCACAAUAAUGGAAAUCUGGCACAUGAGAAAAUUAUACUUUGGCAAUAAUAUUCUUUAAUAUGAUAGAACUGUAUAUAUAUAUGGUUUUUUAGCUGUAUAAACUACAUAUUUUAGUGGGAAAGAUUAUGCGUCAACAAUCGACUUCUGUAAUAUGACGGAAACAUAACUAAGUUUUCUAUUUUCUUAAACUUUAAAAAUUAGGAUAAUUUUGAUUAUGUUUGCAUAUGCAGAAUAGAGAAUUCAAUUGUAAACGCAUAGUCUAAUAAGACGCAUAGCUAUAUUGAACUAAAAAUCAAAUUGCUUAAUAUGGCGGAAUACUUUUAAUUUCUUAAAUUUAAAAAAAAAUGUUAAUAAGGACUAUGCUUUUACACGCAAAUUCUGAAAUAUGACUGAAAUUUAAAUAUUUUUUACUCCGUGAAAUUUUAAAACUUAGUGAAAAGGACAAUAAAAAAAUUUUGAAGUAUGACAAAAAUGUUAAAAAAUGUCGCAUUUCCUUAAUUUUAAAGUGUAAGAGGGGCUAUGCCUGAUUUGUAUAAAAAAGUGGUCAGUGCCGAAUCGUUUAGGAGACGAUUUUUGUCUUCUACGAUAAAUCCCGAACAGAAGUUUUAAAAGAAACUAUUUUUAAUAAAAUGUUUUUAUUGUAAAUUAAUUUUUGAAUUUACGUUUGCUAAAUAAAAUUUGUUUUUGAACCGAA